AUGACUGACGAACACUACAGCUCGCUGAGCUCGGAACAAAAGCUCAAGAUAGCUCGCCUUGAGCUGAGAGAAAUUACUGAUCGUGGCAUACCAGAGCCAGGCCCUAAAAGAGAGACUACCAAAGUGCCUGAACCAGCGAAUGAAGAGGACCAUACAGAUCAUGAAGCAUCUGAAAUAGAGUCUUCAUCUUCGGCCUUGGAACGAGUGAAGAAGGCGCUCAAUGAGUUAAGAAUCAAAGCAAACCUACCUCCUCUACCAACUCCUCCACCAAAAGCCUUCCAACCAACUCAAAAGGGCAGCUCGCUAGGUGGCUCUUAUCCACGAUCAAAUCUCUGGAAAGUGUGGGACGAGUCUACAGAGAUCUAUGUACUGGAUGGUGGUAGUCUGGUGACGGCUGACUUUGAUUGUCUAUUCUGA